GCCGUUUGUGGAGUCGACCCCGCCACGCAGCAGCUGCUCGAAAUGUUCGACCGACUGGAUCGGGGGUUGGGAGCAGACGAUCCGGAUGAUUACUUUGAGAAGGUGCUAGAGGCAAUCAAGCAGCACCCUCUGUUUGAUGCAUUCGAGUCGGAGAUGCAAGUCGAGUAUGAGAACAUGUGGUGUUUUGCAGAAGACCCUCAGAGCGCAAGCGAAGAUGCGGAUGCUUUCAGAGAGUUCUUGGCGGACCAGGGUGCAGUCGUUCCGGCUGGCAGCCAGGCAGCAGCGCAUCCGCUUACCAGCAAGACUGAUGGCAACAAGGUGCCGCCAAGCAAGCUCGGCGACUUGGCUUCGGCUGGCCGCCAGGCUUCAAAUGUCGCAGGCUCUGACUCCGAGAGCGACUCCGAAACGAAUCGAGCCUUGCAGGCGGUGCAAGAUGCUUUCCGAAGAGCUCCUGCAGUGGAUAUAAUGGGCAAUAUGGGGGCCUUGCAAAAGUCGGGGCAGCAAGCAGACGAAGAGGAGGAAAGCGUCAGCAGCAGCAGCAGCAUUGGCUCGGGCUCGCUUCUGAAAGCUGAGGAGCCGGUUCAACAGGACAACGUGGACUUCAAGUUGAAGCCACCUGCAUCUUUUGAUGAUAGUUUUGCCUGGUUCUUCUUACGCGAGGCUUGGCCAAAGCUCAGCUUAGAAGAGCGACAGAACUGCCGCCGCAACGUGACCAAGAGCACACACGCACUGGGUGAGCGCGUGUCUCGGGGCGCUGGCAGCCGGCUGCCAAUUGAGCGUUUCAAGAAGAACUACCUCUUGAAGACCGUGCACCCGCUGCUGACACGGUCCGGCCCCGCCGAGGAUCAGCAUGGAUGUCUUUUUGCUGAGUUUGGUGAUCUGGCCUGCGGCCAAGCCUUUUGCGAGAAGCACCAACGAGUGUGUGUAGUCCACGAAGUGCCUUUUUUGAUUAUUUGUGGCUACAGCUGCAAGAAUUUGAGCAAGCUGAAUGCCAGCAGCCGCGCAGGCGUUCUGCGAGCUGGCCUUGGGUCCAGCGGGGAAACCUGCGACCACCUCCUGAACUACCUCAGCUCUUUCCGCCCAGCGGUUGCUUUGCUCGAAAAUGUGGAGGAGAUGGCCCGGGACUCUGAGGACAGCGAUAACGUCGCUUACUUCCUUGGCAGGCUGGAGGAGAUGGACUACGCUUUUGCCACGAAACUCCUCGACUCCUCGAACUACGGUUUGCCGCAAAAGCGGCUGCGCUCGUUUCAAAUUUUGCUGAACCGCAGGGUUUUUGAGUCUGCAGAUGCUUUGGACAAAAUCGCUCAGAAGAUGAUGAGCACGGCUGUGCGACUGGCCUGCGGGAAACCAGAGUCCUUGCGGUUUUUUCUAGACGCGGACGACGACCCCUAUGUCGAAGCCGAGUUUUUCCGCAAGAUCGAUGCCCAGCAAAAGCUUGCGCAUGCAACGCAAGAGCGGCAUGCUCAAGAGACGUGGCGCCAGAAGCACCGUGAGUUUUUCGCUUCAAAGAAGGUGGCCUGGUCGCAGCUGGUUGUGCCCGCGGAUAUCCAGAACAGCCCUUGGUUUGGAUCCCUGUCAAGCAGAGAGAAGGAAACUCUGGCAUGGGGCCUCAUGAGCAGCGGCUACAAGCCCGAAGGCAGCGAGGAGGCCGCGACCAAGUCGGCUGCUGGUCUGGACUGCGCUGACAAGGAGGAGCAGCCGGAUUCGGCUGCCAGCCAGGAAAUCAAAAGCAACAAGGAUUCGGCUGACAGCCAUAGGCGGCAGGAGUUCCGGUUUGUUGCCGUGGAUCUGUCGCAGCGCAUCGAUCGCGUGAGGACCAGCACUGCAGGCCCGAUUUUCACCAUGCUGCCGUCUCAGAAGGUCUGGAUCUGGAGCUCACUCCACAACCGUCUGUUGACGGGUCGGGAGGCGCUCAGGCUGCAAGGCUACCCGCUGGAACCGGGGAUUUCGAAGGACGAGAUCUCGGAUCCGCAGAUGGCGGACUUGGCGGGCAACGCAUUCCCCGCAACAGUCGUCAUGGCACUGCUACUCGGAAUCUACUCGCAUUUGCCAGACUACGUGUGGACAGAUGACGAGAAUGUGCCAGCAGUGAGCAGGCCUAGGAUGUCGGAGCCCGAAGAGCUGCAGCUUGUCCUCCAGGGCUUGGACGACAGCGACUGA